AUGCCGUCUGAAGGAGGAUUAAGCAACAUUCGAGUAUUUAUAACCUGGAAUGACCAGACUGUUUUCGCUGGCGAGGAUAUCAAAUGUCAUAUAACUUUCAAGAAUAUCGCUCCUGGCCCGAACCAACCAGUACCGAUUCACCAACAGACACAAUACCCUCUUACUGAACGAUCGAGACAACCCUCGCCUCUACUAAGUCCAAGAUCGAAACCCAAUAAUGGAUUGACACCCCCUGCGCCUACACGAGGACACCGUUCUACUUUAUCUCUCACCGUUCCUUCAAAUAGUUCGCGCUUAAGAGGACCACCUCAACAGUGGACCCCUCCACAACAGCAACAACCCCCACCGCAGCGACCCGGUCACACCCAUCAGCGGUCCCUUUCUAUAGUAUCGAUAGGAUCGGCCGCUACGAUAGAAGAACAAUCUCAUGGAAAUAUAUCUCCCGCACGACACCAACGGUCGUCCCGUGGUCAUGGAAGGUCUGCUAGUUUACAGAUAUCACCGAGGGGCGGGUUGAUGAACGGUCCACAGUCAGCUGCAUUACCGAGACGACCUUUUGGCUCGGAAUCUUCGCCAGUAUUUAAUCACUCUUUCCCCCCAUCUAAGCAUGGCUUUAGCCGUACAUCAGGAGUCACGACUGUCCCAAACACGCCCGGUGUUAUGGGUUCACACCUACCUAAGAGGAGCCCGGGCAUAAUUCCAGAUUUCAAAUUUCCUAUGAUACCCUCACCAAAACCGACAGAAGCUGGCUCUAUUUCACCCACAACACAACCAGUGGAUUACUUGACAGCGCCCUUGUCAGCAGCGAGCGGAGGUAUGACCCUCCCCGUACGUUCAAAGGACUUGAUACCUACCAUCACCGAACAAGCCGCUCCUGUGGCGCGAAUAUUAUCUACGACGAGCGUUGCUGGUGGGACUCCUAGGAGUAGUGGCGAGUUCUAUUCACUUAGCAACAACUCGUCUGAGACGCUGGCAUCCGAGUAUGUAACGCAACCGUUACAUCCUGGACGGAGACCUGCUCAUCUACGGCGACCCUCUGCUCUAUCGAGUAUUAGCCACGUGCGGCUUCCGGAAUCGUUGAUGAUGGGCUUUGCUCAAGUUCAGGGCUCCUUCACUCUCGACGGAUCGCUCAUUAAUCUAGGGCCCUUCGAAGCAGUUAAACGAAAGGCUGUCCUAGGGGGACAGGGAGGCGGUGUUAUUGGCAUCGAAAAUUCGAGAAGGAGUAGCGGUGGACUACUAACUGGUUUUGGGUGGAGUAGUCUCGGAAGCUCUAUUGGGGAGCUUCUAGGCGGUGGAGAACUCAGCAGCAUUAAGCAGAUGCGAGGUGUUACGAGCUCCAAGUCUAUCCCGCUGUUAUCAACGCCGCAAUCCAUCUUAUUCGUAGAUUUACAACUCGCCCCUGGUGAGAGCAAGACUUAUGAGUAUACGUUCAAACUACCGAAAGGACUGCCCCCAACACACCGAGGGAAGGCGAUGAAGAUAUCGUACAGCCUAGUAAUUGGUACCCAGAGACCCGGCGGUACCAAAGAACAGCAAGUACGAUCAGUCGAAGUUCCGUUCCGCGUUCUUGGGAGCGUUAAUAGCCAUGGUGAGAUUCUUGGCCAUGAUCUACUUAAUCCGUACAUCAUUCUUCGCGACAUGGCGAAAGUGCAGCCGCUUGACAAACCCCCUAUUCAUACGAAAAGGAGUAAGCUCGAGCAGCCGGAGUCGACCUACAAUGGAUUUCUCCAUUAUGUCGAUGAACUGCUCGAACGACCUCAUCGAGGCCUCGGGCUUCUAUCUCCAACUGCUACAGCCCCUCAAUCCCGUCGUGCCUCUGCUUAUGAAGAGUCGGCCUCGGCGAAAGAUGCGAUAGACUUUGCUAUUCUUAGAUCAAAUCUCUCCUCUGAGUCGGGACAAAGCAGUAAUCGCUUCGAGAUAGCUCGGAAUGGCCGACGUGUCGGUGUUGUGAUGCUUGCGCGCCCUGCUUACAAGCUCGGAGAGUCGGUAAGUAUGGCAAUCGACUUCACCGGAGCCGAGAUUCCCUGCUACGCCAUCCACGCGGCCCUCGAGACAGCCGAGCGCGUCGAGCCAACGCUCGCGCUGCGCAGCGAGGCUAGUGUGCACAGGGUUACUCGCAAAGUAUACGGCAGCUCGAGCGAAGCGACGCUGUUUGCGCGGCGCGUUGUGUUCAACCCCACGAUACCCAUCGGCGCAACCCCCGAGUUCGUCACCAGUGGUCUGAGCCUCGAGUGGAAGAUCAGAAUCGAGUUCGUCGUCCCCUCUUCAAACAAAGACCGGGACUUGGACUUCGGGGAGGGCGAUGGUUCGCACCCCUUACUAGAGGAGAUCUCGCGCGACGACCGCGGAGGCCUCGUUCUAGUCGCUGCGGAGACGCUCGACUGCGAGAGCUUCGAGGUCGCAGUCCCGCUGAGGGUCUACGGUGCCGUGUGCAAUGGCCUCGAGCGGCUGGAAAGGGACCAGGCGCAGGAGGAAGGGCUCACGGUGUAA